GAGGAAACAAAUUCCUGACAUCUCUGGAAAAAUCUGAAGAUCAACCAAGCAUUCUCUCUUGCUUUCUCGAACCAGAAUUCCCCCGCCAAUUCACUGAAAUAGCUUCCUCUACACACAAAUUGAAAUCAAGUGUAAGUGUACUCGAGGAGAGUCAGAAGCUUAAGAGAAGAUCGACAAUGGAGACUGUGAGUAAAAGAAGAAAGCCGCUAUCUGAUCGAACCAACACCAGCGCCUCCGCCAACUACUCUUCUGCCUCUUCCUCUUCUUCUUAUGUUGUCAAGCCCUCAAAACCUGAACCCUCUGUUCCUGUUUCUUCUGUCUUCAAGAAACUCCUGAAUGACAUCGAAAACGACACCGUCGACAAAAGAAACGAUACCAACAAUCGCACUAGUGCCUCCUCAAACCCUAGCGAGCCUAAUUCCUCACCGCCGCCUCCUCGUACACCCGCGCCAUCUCAGCCGCUCAAAUCGACGUCUGUUUCUGGUACCGGUAAGCAUGAGGAUUCUGAGCCUUACACAGUUUACACUCGGAGAAAGUCUGCACGUACAAUAAGAAGUAGAGGGAAGGAAAUUGCCAAAUCUACGAUUUUUUCUCCGGCUGCAAAGACAGAAUAUAAGAGGGAUAAAAUGAAUAAAGUUGGAAAUACUCGUGCAUCCAAGUCAUGUACAGUGCCACAUAGAAAGAAGCCACGAGGGAUACUAUCCAAGCAAGAUAAUUCCAACGAUGCCUUGCCUAAGGAUUUUAUUGAGCAACAAAGAGAGUAUUUUGCAGAAAUUGAUGCAUUUGAACUGCUAGAGGAGGAGGUUAAAUCAGAUGAUGAUUUGACUUGAGGAAUGUGCAUUUGAAAAACAUGUAAGAUGGGGAAGAAAAAAAAACUCUCCAUGUACAGUUAGGACUAGUUUACCAUGUCUUGCUUUGGUAUAGUUCUCACCCAAUAUUGUUGCUGUUAGCUUCUUGAUAAUGUCUUGCACAGUUGUCUGUUGUAUGCAAGAAAUAUGCAUCACAUUAUCUGAAUAUGAUGCAAGAAGUCCUAUAUUUUUUAUUA